GAGCACGACAGUGAUGCCGGUCCAAACCCAAACAAUCUUGGGGUGGGCGCAUCCGAUCCCACGAUCGUCGUCGCCCCUAAAUCAACACAACAAUCUUGGGCACGAGCUGGCUCCCUCAACCUUCCAUUCUCUCACGUGCUGACUGAGUUCUUCUGUUCGUCGUCGCCCCUAAAUCAACACAACAGUUCUUCUGUUCUAGUUCAACCUUAAUGACAAGUGGACAAUCCGCCUAGUGGAGAAUGAAAUAUUUGAUAUAGAACUUUCAGAAAAACGUACAAUUGUAACAAGUGUGAGCCAAAAAUAUGAUGUAUUGUACACCCAAAUCCUUGUCGUCUCCAUACAAGCUCAUAACUCGAGUUUUGCAGGUGUCUAGUGGCUGUGGAAGUGCUAGACAUUCUAUAAGAGGGAAGAAAAGUAGAUAUCGACAGCCAUUAGAUCCUCAACAUGCAGAAGAAUUACCAGAGUUUGAAUAUGUUGGUGUACACUCUAGACCGGAUACAUUGAUUUACACAUGGGGAGUUGCAGAUCAUGGAGCCUUGGGGCGUGCUUCCCUUGUACGUCCAGAACAUAAAAAAAAGCAGCAUCACCUACACUAUCUUCACCAUCCACAUAGGCUCGAAUUUGGAGAAUAUUUUAAGGUUAUCGAUGUAGCAUGUGGUUACGGCUUCACCCUGUUUGCUGUUGAUGCAAAGUCUGGAGCAUCAUGUUUUGGUACAGGACUUAAUACCGAGUCCCAAAUUGGACGCCAUGAACCAAGAAAAGAUCAUCCUUUAGGAAUAUUAAUUAGUCCUGCACCCAUUGAUGUUCCAUUGAGCAAUAAUUCAAAAAUUGUUAAGGUAUCUUCAGGAAGAGCGCAUUCUGUGAUGGUGACAGAUCGAGAAGGUGUCUGGACUGUAGGAAGUAAUGGUUAUGGGCAGUGUGGUAGACCUAUUAUACCAAAUGAAGAUUAUGGCAAACAAGCUGUUUAUCAUAGAAUCCGAGCUCUUGAUGGCGUCAAAGUGUGCCAGGUUGAAUGUGGACAAGAUACUAGCUUUUUUCUGAGUGAAGAAGGUGUGGUGUAUUCUUGUGGCUGGGGAGCUGAUGGCCAGACAGGUAGAGGACACUAUAAUAAUGAGCCUAAUGUUGGCCCAGUGAUGGGAGAUGUUGUUGGAGAAAAGAUUGUCAAAAUAUCAUGUAGAGCUGACUGUGCUCUAGCAUUAAGCGAUAAAGGUGAAGUGUUUGGUUGGGGCAAUUCAGAAUACCACCAGCUAAAUUCGGUGACAGAUGAAAUGCAAAUUCAUACAGCAAAGAAGCUUCAGUUUCCAGAUAUAAGGAAAGUAGUGGACGUGGCAUCUGCAGGAACUAUGUGCAUGUUUAUUAAUGAAGAUGGACAAGUGUAUAGUUGGGGUUUUGGCCCUCUUGGCAAAGGACCAAAAGUAUCAUAUUCCAAGACUCCUACUCCAAUUCCUUUAAGCUUGUUUGGACACAAUGAAAUUACACCUGAUGCUAAGGUGGUGAGCAUAAAUUGUGGAAUCAACCACUUUGCAGCAGUAAACAACCAUGGCUCUUUAUUCACCUGGGGCAAGAAUCCUGGAGGCUGCUUGGGUCUUGGCCACAUAAAGGACCAUUAUUUUCCAUUAAGGGUUUCCAUUGGUGGAGAAGUUGUGAAAGUUAGAUGUGGUGUUGAUCACACUGUCGCCUUGGUCAAGGAACUCAUCUAAGGACAAAUUAACUUAAUAAAACUUAAUUUUUCCUGUCAUUCAAAAUAAUUAUAAGCAGAUCUUAAUUGCUAUCAAUAACCAUCAUUAUCUUGUGCACCAAAUAAAUAUUUGGAAAUGUCUAGUGCAAAAGAUGAUAAACCACCAGAUUGAGGAGAGCAUACCAAGAUGGCUUAGGAGGAUGUUGAUCUCAUGAGUGGUGAGGGAAGUGUAUUCGAGUGAAUAUGAGAGAAGGAAGAGAGAAAGGCCAAGGUGAUGAUGGAAAGAGAUGGUGAGUAAAGAAGCAAGAAUUUCAUAUGAACAUGCCACUAGAUAUGGUAAGGGACAAGGCUGUGUGGAAGAAGUUUGUAGAGAAGGAGUUGAUAUGAUUGUUUAUACUGUCUUAUGACAAUUGAUGAGGAACAUUGUUCACUUGGCUCAUGCUUUCUUCUUGUGAUCCCAAGAGAUGUGAAUACAUUUAGGGAGAGGUCACGCAAAAUAUGUGGCAAGCAGAAGAAGUAUGAAAAAGUUGUUUAUUUGAGGUCAGAGAUGAGACACAAAACACUUAUCAAAUCCUUGAAACUCUGCAUUUUAUGAAUGUAGCAGCUACAUCCUCAUAUGUAGUGCUACCAUUCCAACGCUUCCUAGGACUGAGGUGCUUCUCCUCGACCAAUCGGCAAGCAGUGAUCAGCAACUGGCAUGUAUAUAAGGCUGAGUCCAGCCUAGCAGAGUAUCACCACAGAUCCAUCGCAUUUCAGCCUAGAGUAACAUCUCUGCUCACCUGUCUUGACCUUGCCAUAAGACGGGACACCACGAGCGUAGCUCUCAUCCUGUAACUACACUUAGGUAAUUACACAGCUCUGAUAUCUUAUGUCUGUGUAAGCGAUGUAGAGAAUCUUGGGCUCGUGAAGCUAAAUAUUCUCUAAGUAAAUGUUAUUCUUCCGAAACUGGAAUAAAAUGAUUGGCGAGUCAGGUGCCUUUGAUAUCGCUCGACUUAUAUCCCUAUAUUGGCAUAGUUCCUUUUGAAUAUCUAAAGUGCUGUGUUCUGUUCCUGGCUUGGUGCCUUUGAUAAUUUCUAACCCUCUGAUGGAUGGAGUGGGACUGGUAAAUUCCUGUCAGGUAGUCAAGAUUACCUACAGGCAUACCUUGUCCCCGUACAGGCAACUUUGUUACUCUUACCGAUUAUUUGUAUACUCUAGUAUAAAUUGUGCCGACAAAUUCGGCGGUUCCAUGUGUUUAAACCUUAUUGGGUGAAGUCACUUGCCUCCCUUUUAUGCAUUACAGUGGACCUUUAAUUCCAUGUAAAAUAUUGAAGGUGGAGGACAAGUAAUUAUCAAAAGGCACCAAACCGGGAAGGCUAUUUAGCAAGGUGGAGGACAACAUCAGACCUGUGUAUCAAAAUUACGAUCUUUAUCAACUUAUUUGUAUUUUUUUAUAUAAUCUUUCCCAUUCUUUGAUAUAGAAGUUCAGAUGGAUAGACCAGUAAAUGACAAUAGGAAUAGUUUAAAUAAUCACUAAAGAUUUCUUACAUUUCCUUGUCCUACCGCCUCGUAUUUAUCUAAAGGAGAAAAUACAAUGACUUCAGGUCCUUUGUGGCAAGUUGUGUAGAUACGAUGCAUUAAGAGGAGACCUGCUAAGGUAUUCAAAAAGCCUAGCUAGUUUAAAAUUUUAAUAUUUUUCACAACUUCACAAUUUGGGAGGCCAUUAUCUAGAGAAAAAAUAUCAGAGGCUGGUCUCAGACGAGAGACUUUACGUGGUGACAGGCAAUGUCGUGCCUGUUUAUGCCGUCUUUAUAGAUGUUCUUCAGCACCGAGACUGUCCGUCGCCUUCCCUGCUUUCUGGCUGUGGUCACCGCGCCUGGGGACGGGAAGAAUGUUAUCAGAAUUAUAUUAAAAUAAAAAUAAAGUCUUACAAGAUUAACUUUCAGACCUCUUUACUCCCGUUGAAAACCUUAAGAGUAACCUGCACUCAAGACAAUCUACCCAAUUGAGCUGUUUGACAUUAAUAAAUUAAAAAUAAAACAAGCCAUACUGACCCUCUAGUGAAGUACCAGUUGGUGUAGAACAGUGUACACGGAUGACUACCUCCAGGUCGUUGUCCACAUGAACUGGAUCCCACCUAGAAAAAUAUUUAUAAUUUUAGAAAAAUUCUUGGCUAUUUAGUAAGUCUCAGUCCAGCAGGAUGACCAUAUAUACAUAUAUAAUGUAAUACAAGUUUAAUGUACAUGUAUUUCAAUAACUUAAGACACUAACAAGUAAACUCACCUUUGGCGA